UCUGUCUGAGCAAGGCGAGUUCCCAGCCUGGCAUCAAUGAAUGAGAGACAGUCCUUCUAGGAGGGGGCUCUCCAUUUAUUAAUCUGUGCUGCCUGCCAGCAAGGCGUCCAUCCUCCAUUGCACAAGUAGGGCUCUGCUUCAAAGAGUCCCCAGAGAGGAGCAGGGGCCAGUGGAGGCAGAUAAAGACACAAGCUGGAGAUGGAGUCCUCCUCACCUCCUCCUGGAGAUGCUGGCCAUGGAAACAGCCCCUAACCAUCUGAGCUUGCACUCCAUCCCUGCUGGAUUCAGGUGGAGGUAAACACCAUUAUGCUAAUGCCUCCAUGUAUGGGAGGUGAUUUCUCCGGCUGCUGUGAGCACACAAUGGGCCACUCCCUAAACCUGAGAUUUGGGACCCAUCGCACAGCCUAGGAGGACAGAGGAGUUGGCUGUGUGCUCUGGUGAAGACAGCCUGCCAGGAUGGUCGCAGCAGAGAGACUGGCCAUGUUCAGUGGGCGGUGAGCAUGCAGGGGGCCCUGAUGAUGGGAAUGUGAUCUCCUGGAUCAUGGCAUUUGGGCUGCUCAGGAAUUCCCUAAACUCACCUUUCAGGAACAGUGAACCAGAAGACAAUGGGGAUAAAAAGCAGACAUUCAGGGGGGCAUGCUGGGGAGGAGCAGGAGGAGAAGAAGAGUGGCCUGGCUGGGGACCUGGAGCCAGCCUCCCUGGGGGCAGGGGUGGAUAAGGAUGGGACCUUGCUGCUGGUGGGAGCUGGGAAGGAAGAUGUCAAACGCAAUCCGCAGGGAAUUGGGCUUUUGGCUAAAACACCUCUGAGCUGUAGCAGGCCUGUCAAAAGGAACAAUGCCAAAUAUAGGAGGAUCCAAACUUUAAUAUAUGAUGCCUUGGAGAGACCUAGAGGAUGGGCACUGCUGUACCAUGCUUUUGUGUUUUUGAUAGUACUUGGAUGUCUGAUUCUAGCCAUUCUUACAACCUUCAGAGAGUACGAGGAUGCGUCUGGGGACUGGUUACUGCUUUUAGAAACGUUUGCCCUCGUCAUUUUUGGAGCAGAAUUUGCCUUAAGGAUUUGGGCCGCUGGUUGCUGCUGUCGUUACAAAGGGUGGAAGGGAAGGCUAAAGUUUGCAAGGAAACCGCUAUGUUUACUUGAUAUCUUUGUCCUGAUUGCUUCUAUACCUGUGGUGGCGGUAGGAAAAAGCCAAGGGAACGUGUUGGCCACAUCUCUGCGUAGUUUGCGAUUCCUUCAAAUUCUACGGAUGCUUCGAAUGGACAGGAGAGGGGGUACAUGGAAGCUUUUAGGGUCAGCCAUUUGUUCACAUAGCAAGGAGCUCAUCACUGCCUGGUAUAUUGGUUUCUUGACACUGAUUCUGUCAUCGUUUCUUGUCUACCUGGUUGAGAAAGAUGUUCCAGAAGUAAACGAACUAGGUGAACCUUCUCCUGAAGAAUUUGAAACGUAUGCCGAUGCUCUGUGGUGGGGAUUGAUUACACUUGCAACAAUCGGUUAUGGAGAUAAAACCCCAAAGACUUGGGAGGGACGUCUCAUUGCUGCUACCUUUUCAUUGAUUGGUGUCUCAUUUUUUGCACUUCCUGCGGGAAUCUUAGGUUCUGGCCUGGCUCUCAAGGUUCAAGAGCAACAUCGUCAAAAACAUUUCGAGAAAAGAAGGAAACCAGCAGCAGAGCUAAUUCAGUCUGCGUGGAGAUAUUACGCCACUAAUUUAGGCAGGAUUGAUCUGACUGCGACAUGGAGAUAUUACGAAACUGUCGUGCAGUUACCAUAUUUUAGGAAAGAGCAAAUUGAUGGAGCUUCUAGUCAAAAAUGGAGUUUAUUGGAUCGGGUCCGACUUUCAAACCCACGAGGAACUAGCCCAAAAUCAAAGACCUUUUCUCCACUGACGAUUGAUGGUGUUGAAGAAAGCCCUUCUAAAGAUGCCAAGAAUAUCGGAUUGACUAACAAGGAGCGUUUUCGGACAGCGUUACGAAUGAAAGCAUAUGCUUUCUGGCAGAGUUCAGAAGAUGCUGGACAAGGUGGAGACCCAAUGGCAGAAACUGGUUACACAAAUGAGUUCCUUGUAGAAGAUUUAAUCCCAACGAUAAAGGCAGCUAUCCACGCAUCUAGAAUUCUGCAAUUUCUUUUACGUAAGAAAAAAUUUAAGGAGACCCUGAGGCCUUAUGAUGUAAAGGAUGUUAUUGAACAGUAUUCAGCGGGUCACCUGGAUAUGCUGUCAAGAAUCAAAUACCUCCAAACAAGGAUAGAUAUGGUCUUUGCUCCGGGUCCUGCCUCCCUUUCUACACCGAAGCAUAAGAAAUCGCAGAAGGGACUGGGAGGACUUGGUGGAGGUUAUGGCUUUCCUUCUCAACAGUCUCCAAGGCACGAACCUUAUGGAUCCAAAGCCUCCGAUAUUGAAGACCAAAGUAUGAUGGGAAAAUUUGUGAAAGUAGAGAGACAGGUGCAAGAUAUGGAAAAGAAAUUGGAUUUCCUUGUUGAUAUGCACAUGCAGCAAUUAGAUCAACUCCAGGUCCAGGUCACGGAAUACUAUCCACUAAGGGAAGCCACAGUAGAAGAAGAAGGUGGAGAAAGUGGAUAUUCUGACAUGGGGAGAUUAAUUUAUAAUUAUACGGAAUCAUGCUCACAUGCAAAUCCUUAUAAUUUAAACCAAGUUUCAUUCAAUAAAAUGAACCAGUACGAAUUCUUUGAAAAUUAUCCUUUUGCUAACCCAAUGCCUUUUACUGGCGAAAACUGUACGAGGACAGCAAUGCAAUCUUUAUCCACCUACACAGAAAGACCAACAGUUUUGCCUAUUCAUACCUUAAUAGACACUCGGGUAAAUUAUCAACAUGAAGGAGAAGCCUCAAGUCCAUAUUCAGAAAGAGUUUCCCCAGUGCAGAGGAGAAGUUGUACAAGGGACAGUGACACCCCGUUGUCCCUUCUCUCUGUUAAUCAUGAUGAACUACAGAGGUCUCCUAGUGGGUUCAGUAUCUCUCAAGAAAAGGAGGAUUUCAGUUUUGGUCCAAAUUGCUCAAGCUGGAUGAGGGAGAAACGGUACUUGGCUGAAGGUGAAACAGACACAGAUACAGACCCUUUUACACCAAGUGGGCCUAUGACUUUGUCUUCAACGGGAGAUGGAAUUUCAGAUUCAGUGUGGACACCUACUAAACCGGUUUAGAUUGAUAAUGGGAUUUCCUUUUCUUACUCUGUAUUUAUUCUUUGUAUAUGUCACUAUACACUUUCCAAAGUUGAAUACUUUACACCAAUGGUUAAAUAUGAUGCAUGUUUAAAAGUGAUAGUCACUGCAUCAUCUCACAUAAUUUUAUAAUUACUUUUU